AUGAGUAAAGAUAUAAAUAAGCUCAGUCCAUAUGCUUACUUGCAAGAGGAAGAGGAGGAGGAAGAAGAAGAAGAAGAAGAAGAUUUAACCAACAACAACAACAACAACAACAACAACAACAACAACAACAACAACAACAACAACAACAACAACAACAACAACAACAACAACAACAACAUCAACAACAAAUAUAAUCAAAAAAACUAUGGUAGAAAAGCAGGAGCUAUAUUAGCAUCAUCUUUGGGAUCAUUAAACAAUGGAGAUUAUGGUAUUAAAAUGGUAUCAAACACCAACACCACCACUGGUAUGUCUAGUAUGCGCAGUAACAAAAAGAAUACAAAGAUGGUACAGUUUGAAAUUGAAGAUCCAACUACAACAACGAGAAUAGGAUCUAAUUACAAUGACCGAGGUUUUUAUCAUGAUGAUCAAUACGACGACGACGAUGAUGAUGAUGAUUUAGCAUCCAAUAUGUUUUUAGAUGACGAUGAACAACUGUUAUUUAAUAGUAAUUACUCUGCCAAAAGAUGUUUCUAUCGUUUACUUUCAUAUCUCAGGCCACAAUUUUGGUAUUACAUGUUUGCAUUUAUUUCUUUGGGUGUUACCACUCUAUGUCAAUUGUUAUUGCCGUAUUAUUUUGCACAACAAAUUGAACAAACUGUUGACAAGAUGAUUUUUAGUGAUCAAUUUUUUGAAACUUAUCCAAACAUCAACAAAACAGAGAUUAGACAACAAUAUGGAAUCAAUAAUGGUGGCGAAUUUGAUUGGUUUGAAUCAUCAAAAUAUCUUUUAUUUAUUGUCAUUAUACAGAUACCUUUUACUUUUAUUCGUUAUGUUUGUUUCACUAUUGCCGGUUUCAAUUUUGUAACGAAAAUCAAAGCAGACCUAUUCAAAUCUCUAUUGACACAAGAAAUUGGCUACUUUGAUCAAAGUAAAUCAUCUGAAUUAAAUGCUACUCUAUCAUCUGAUACUCUUGUUUUACAAAAUAUAGUUACAGUUUCAUUGUCAACAUUGGCAAGAGGAUUAUUACAAUCGGCUGGAGGAUUGUUAAUUCUUUUAUUUUUGUCAUGGAGAACAACCAUAUUUGUUUUAUCGUUUAUAGGUUUGUUUUUCAUGGGAUAUUUGGUAUUCAAGGCUUUUAUACAUCCAAAGUAUAAAUACAUUCAAGAGUUGUACAGCAGAGCUUCAUCAGUGGUUGACAAUGCCAUCACUAAUAUUACGGAAAUUAGAUUAUUAAAUGCUGAGAGUAAAGAAUUGCGCGCUUUUGAAACAGAGUUGGAAACUAUUUAUCGUACUUCAAAAUCAAGUACAAUUAUCAAUGGAUUUUGGAUUGCUAUUGGAGGAUUUUCUGUAUUAUUUUUAUUAGUAUCAACCUAUUUGUUUAUUCUUUAUCAAUCUCUAUUUAGAGACAUGAAAAUAUUCCAAUAUAUUCUUUAUGCUUUAAUGUUGAUAAUAUCAUCCAGUGGCGUAUUGGGUGUUGUUGCAGAUUUUCAAAAGAUUAUAUCUAGCAGCCGACGUGUUUUCUCGUUGAUUGAUCGUAGACCAUUAGUAUCAUUCCAAGGUGGGGUUGUACCUUCAAGCGACGCAAAGAAUGCUAUUACAUUUGAUUCAGUAUCAUUCCAUCACAAGAGUGGAUCUAUUCUUCUCAACAACGUAUCUUUUACAAUCGAGAAAAAGACUAUUGUUUCAAUAGUUGGCCCAUCUACGUCUGUCACCAAGGAAAUUAUCUUUUCUCUCAUCCAAGGUCUUUACUAUCCAACAAGAGGAUCAGUGUUGAUUGGACGUGUGGAUUCCAAAGCUGUUGACUUGGGUCAUUUCAGAUCAAAGCUUUAUUCAAUAACAGCCAAUACCGUCAUUUUUGAAGGCACUGUUGAACAAAAUAUAAGAUAUGGUUUAUCACAUUUAUCUACACAAAAUAUAAUAGAAGCAUGUAAAAGAGCCAAUUUACAUGACUUUAUCAUUGGAUUGCCUCAUGGAUAUGACAGUAUGAUUGGAAAGGGUGAGAGACUAGCACCAGUUCAUAUUCAAAAGAUAUCUCUUGCCAGAGCAUUCCUCAGAGACCCUACCAUUCUUUUGAUUGAUGAAAGUUCAUGUAUGUUGGAUUCUGGAAAUGAAUUAUUGGAGCCACUAGAACAGUUGAUGCAAUACAGGACCGUCAUUAUACAAGCCAAUCGCAUAGAGACUCUAAUACGUUCCGAACAUGUGUUGGUAUUUGAUGAAUCAAGAUUGGUCGAACAAGGCAAUCACAAGACCUUGGCUUCAAAACCCGAUAACUUUUAUUCUACCUUUGUAUUGAAACAUUUUAAUCAACCCAGUAGUAGUAGUGCAACCAUACAACAAUAA